AUGGAUAAACCUUUGGAAAUGGUUGGGUCUCCCGAAUUUCCGCAAAAAACGAGACUAGAGUUGACACUACUCGAAGCCAAUGAACCAGCCAAGUCGAGAGGUGCCCGCCCCUCUCUUACUCCACUAGCCCUAGAAACCACAAUGUCUUGGAAAGAUGGAAGCCUUUGGCUCUCAACUGAUCCUGACGACUUAGAGGCCGCUACCGAAAAAACUUUCGGGGGAAAUUUGGUUACCGGAGAUCGGACACUCAUACCCGAACAAUUUAAAGCUACACUUGACCUCCUUGUGGGAAAUGGUUCGGAGUUUGACGUCAAUCGUACCUCGUGCGAUUUAGCCGUACCAAAGCAUUCUGAGCCUUUAGAAAGGACUUGUGCAAUUGACCCCUCGAUGGUGAAUCAGUCGCAAUGGUUGUCCCCUCCAGAAGAAGGCAUGGAAUACGACAUGGAUGCUCUCAGUAAGGCUUUGCACCAUAUGCUCCUGGGAUGGACUGAACCCUCCGAUCCUAUCUUCUUUCCUCUGCCCAAGGUAGCAUACCAACGCCGUUGCACAGAAGAAGGCGAUAAAGGUGUGCGUCGAGGAACCCGAAUCCGUGUUCAUACACCUAUCGAUUCCUGGGAUAGGUUGUACAGGGAGGUGCGUGUUAAUCCUGUCACAGGUAAGAAAGAAGAGUUACCUCUUGGGUACUCGAGGUACCCCAAACCGGAGGAAUUUCGCAGUCAGGCUUUGACAAUCACGUCAGGGUCACCAAUUUGUAGCGGAUUGCUACGGUAG